CAGAGUGUCCGCUGUGCUCCGCAGCGAGAGGACGCGGCGCCGCACUGCUCACUCAACAAGCGUGCACGGGGCGAAACGGCGGUGCCCGUGAGGCCCUCAUCCAUCACCGCGAUGGGAAUUAGCACAGCAUUCUUUGUGAGACAAGCCCUCAUGCCUGACUACCUUAAACCGCUCCAUCUGAGGACCCAGACUUUAAAACACUGCAGCUGAACAAGCUCCUCCAUAGUGCAUUGAGGAGGAUAGGAUGAAGAUGAUGUUUGUCUUGUCAACUUGGACAAGGGCGUUUAUUUGAACCUCAUCUGAGUUCUGUACAUCAUCAACAACACAAUGUCUGCCAUGUGUAUUUCUGCAGUGGUACUGUGGACAUUGGUGGUUGAACUCUCAGCUCGGGUUUUGACAACAACUCACCCAGUUGAACUACACCUCCUAUCCCCUCGCCAUUAUCAAUACAAAGACCCAGACUCUGGCUCUCAGUUGGUCUGUGACAAGUGCCCGGCAGGUACCUAUGUGUCUGCCCAUUGUUCCCAAACUGCUGUUAGGGAGUGCAGUCCCUGCCCCAAAGGUACUUUCACACGAGGUGAAAACGGCAUUACGCAAUGCCAUCAUUGUCGAGCUCCGUGUCCUGCAGGCCUGAUUGAGAAGGUACCCUGCACUACCUCUCAGGACCGCGUUUGUACCUGUCCUCCAAACACCUUCCAGAUAGGAGAAGGUAGCACCGAGUGUAAGCCCCAUUCGUUGUGCCCGCCUGGGACAAGGGUGAAAAAGAAAGGUACUGAAACAGAAGAUGUUAUAUGUAAGCCGUGCACCAAAGGAACUUUCUCCAAUGCCGAAUCAAAUGCAAUCAAGUGCCGAGCCCAUGCGGACUGCCAAGCUCAGGGGUUGACGCUACUCAUCGUGGGAACAAGAGAGACUGAUAAUCUUUGUGGACCGAUGUCUACAACCAUCCCAUCUGCACAAAGACAGGAAUUAGUGACUCUGGCUUCGUCCUCAUCAACAUUAGAUCACAAAGGCAUCAACGGCCGUUCAGCUGCUAUUCAACUGAGGGAAAACCAAGGUGGGGAAAUUCGUACAAGCACCUUUCGAGCAAUCCUUGACCCCACUCAGGUUUCACCUCCCAUAGCCCCAAAACAACUGGUCCAUCCGCGGGACCAAAUCAAUUCAGACCCUUUGCUUGGUCCUAACAAGAGGAUGAUGGAAGGAUUUGAGGGGUCAGAGGUCAGGGGAGGGACGGGGAUCAAUAAGAUUCCUAUACAGCCAAACAAAGACAAAGUUUCCAAUUAUAACCGUCCCACUCGAAGAGGAUCCCCACGGCCGAGCACUCACGAUUACUUCGAUAUCAACGAGCACCUCCCCUGGAUGAUAGUCCUGCUGCUCCUGCUCGUCCUGGUUGUGAUCGUGAUGUGCAGUGUGAAACGGAGUUCCCAUGUGCUUAAGAAAGGCCCCAUGCAGGAUCCCAGCAGUAUCGUGGAAAGGGCAAUUCAGAAGAAACCAUCUCUGCCCCCCGCACAGGUCAAAGAGAAGUGGAUCUAUUAUUCCAACGGACAAGGAGUGGACAUUUUAAAACUGGUUGCAGCUCAAGUGGGCUCCCAGUGGAUUGACAUUUAUCAGUCACUGGCCAACGCCACCGAGCGGGAAGUGGCAGCCUUCUCCAGUGGCUACUCGGCAGAUCACGAGCGGGCAUACGCUGCGCUUCAACACUGGACCAUUCGGGACAGUGACGCCAAUCUAGCCAAGCUGAUCAACGCCUUGCACAAACAACGGCGCAUCGACGUGGUGGAGAAGAUCAGAUUGGUCAUGGAGGACAACCCGCAGUUUGAUCUAAACCAACUGAUGACGUCUGUGAAUGUAAGCCAAAGCCUCAGUCCUAUUCACAAGCCUCCGGAGUCUCCCAGCAGCACCGGCACCGGCGCCGGCAGCAGCGCUGCAGGUGUGGAGCAGUCGCCGGUGGACCGCACCAAAGGGUUCUUCCAUGAUGAGUCAGAACCGCUGCUCCGUUGCGACUCCACUUCCAGCAAAGACUCUGCUCUUAGUCGGAAUGGCUCGUUCAUCACAAAAGAAAAAAAAGACACGGUGCUUCGCCAAGUCCGCCUUGACCCGUGCGACCUCCAACCCAUCUUUGACGACAUGCUGCACAUCCUGAACCCCGAGGAGCUACACGUUAUCGAGGAGAUCCCCGCUGCCGAGGACAGGCUUGACCAGCUUUUUGAGAUUGCGGGAGUCAAAAGUCAGGAGGCCAGCCAGACGCUGUUAGACUCGGUCUACAGCCACCUCCCUGACCUUUUGUAGACAGAGGAGAGGAUGAUGUCAUAAAAUAUGUGCAAUGAAAAUCUGGUACCGUUCAAAUCGAGCACAACAUUAAUCCAAUGCAAUGACCCAUCAUCUUAAAUUUAUGUACCAGAAGGUUGGAAACGAGUCUGUUAUCUACUUUUAAUGAUUUUGACCUUUACUCUUCCUUCUCUGUUGUAUUGUGCAUUCUUUGUUAUUCCUUCAUCCACCAUCAAAGUCAAUACUUGGUGACACUCUUGCAAACUCUAUUAAAUAUAUUUUGAGUUUUACAAUGUAGCAAACAUUACAUCAUGAAUCAAGAACUUGUUGAACAUGCCUAGCUAUAAACAAUUCAGUACACUGCUAUUGUUCUUGUUUUUAAAGAGGCUCUUAAAGAUAUAUCACAAACAUUUAUUGACAUAUUAUCCAGCAUAUGUGCCUGAUCUGAUAUGUAUUUUUUUCACGUGAUGGGAAAAUGAAUGCUUCAAAUUUGCCAGCUGUUGUAUUUUUUCUACCCCACUAGAUGGCACUCUCUGUUCAAUAUUGGACUAAAGUCACACUAACUUGCCAUUUCUUAAAGGUCUUUAUUUAAACCAGCAGUGCUAUCUAGAGCUGUUCUGCUACAAACUGGAAUACAAAAUAUGCAUACUCAAUUCUACUUGAAAUAUGUCUAUGUAUGACUUUGGAUUUAAAAGAAAUACUCAAGGACUCGAAAAUGAACUGUAAAGUACACCAAAUAAAAAGACUUUGCUAGUCACCACGACAGUUGAAGCAAUAUUGGAACUGAAAGUCUCAAACAUAUGUUGCUUCGAAAUUUGCAGAGAGACAAAGAGGAUAAGCAGGAUGUCGUGACUUGGAUAGAGCAUGAGAUUUUUUUUUCGUUACUUAUAUUGACGUAUGGAAAGAAGAAGUUGAGUGGAUGAUUUCACUAUUCACAAUCAUAGCCACUAUGUUUACUUUGUAACUUUAAAAUAGCUCAAUAAAAUCUCAAUAUUUGUUAUAA